CCGGUCCCUUGGCGACAGGUCUUGCGUGUGACACUCUUGCCCUCUAGUGCCUCACCGGCUUGGUAGCAGUUUGAAGGCUAAUAUUAAUAAGAUGUUACAUAACACAAGGGUACUGGGCCAGGACUAGUAUCGCUGUCACUUGUGAAGCCAAAAAGCCUGAGCUGAUGGUGGCAGAUGCUGCGCUUUCAGUUUCUAUCUAUUGAAAGUUUCUUCAGCAUUUUCAACUGUUUGUACUUUAAUUACAGACUCUAUUUUCUGUGAUUCCUGAUCAAGCAAUGCAAAUGUGCUGCGAUGGUGACAUAAACUAUUGACUGAGACUGGGAAAGCAAGCCAAAACAUCAUCUUUUCAUUUACCUACUUAUGGUGUGUCUAUUGGAAUACUCAAGAAAACAUAUAUACAGCAUGAGUUUUAUCAUGAAGCUUCACAGACACUUUCAAAGGACAGUGAUCCUGCUUGCCACUUUUUGUAUGGUGAGCAUUAUUAUUUCUGCCUACUAUCUGUACAGUGGCUACAAACAGGACAAUGAACUCUCCGAGAUGGCUUCAGAAGUAGACUGCAGUGACCUCCACCAUCUACCUUACCGGCUAAUGGAAGUGAAGACAACAAAGCUCUUUGAUGCCUCAAGGACAGAUCCAGUAGUCCUAGUGUUUGUAGAAAGCCAGUAUUCAUCCCUUGGUCAAGACAUAAUUAUGAUUCUAGAAUCAAGCAGAUUCCAAUAUCACAUUGAAAUUGCUCCCGGAAAAGGAGAUCUCCCAGCACUGAUAGACAAAACUAAAGGCAAAUAUAUUCUCAUUAUUUAUGAGAAUAUUUUAAAGUAUAUUAACAUGGACUCUUGGAACCGAAGCCUUCUAGAUAAAUAUUGUGUAGAAUAUGGUGUCGGUGUCAUUGGAUUCCACAAAACCAGUGAGAAGAGCCUACAGAGCUUUCAGUUAAAAGGGUUCCCUUUUUCCAUAUAUGGAAACCUUGCAGUAAGAGAUUGUUGUAUUAAUCCUCAUUCUCCAUUGCUUCGUGUGACUAAGUCUUCUAAACUUGAAAAAGGUUCUUUACCUGGAACUGACUGGACGGUCUUUCAAAUUAAUCACUCAGCCUACCAACCAGUAAUAUUUGCCAAAGUAAAGACUCCAGAAAACUUUUCCCCUCCCAUCUCUAAAGGUGCUUUUUACGCCACUAUCAUACAUGACCUGGGCCUUCAUGAUGGAAUUCAGCGAGUUCUCUUUGGCAACAACUUGAACUUCUGGCUUCACAAGCUCAUCUUCGUAGAUGCCAUCUCAUUUUUGUCAAGGAAGAGACUGACACUGUCCUUGGACAGGUACAUCCUCGUGGACAUUGAUGACAUAUUCGUAGGGAAGGAGGGAACCAGGAUGAACACUAAUGAUGUUAAGGCCCUGCUUGAUGCUCAGACUCUUUUGCGUGCACAAAUCACAAAUUUUACAUUCAACCUGGGAUUUUCAGGGAAAUUUUACCACACAGGAACUAAAGAGGAAGAUGAAGGGGACGACUGUCUAUUGGGGUCUGUGGAUGAGUUCUGGUGGUUUCCCCACAUGUGGAGCCACAUGCAGCCCCACCUCUUCCACAAUGAGUCCUCUUUGGUGGAGCAGAUGAUUCUCAACAAAAAAUUUGCCUUAGAGCAUGGCAUUCCUACUGACAUGGGCUAUGCAGUAGCCCCGCACCAUUCAGGUGUCUACCCUGUACAUGUUCAGCUUUAUGAGGCUUGGAAGAAGGUUUGGAAUAUUAAAAUCACCAGCACUGAAGAGUAUCCACAUCUGAAGCCAGCUAGAUAUCGGAGGGGGUUCAUCCACAAAAACAUCAUGGUUCUUCCAAGACAGACCUGUGGGCUUUUCACUCACACAAUUUUCUACAAAGAAUAUCCAGGAGGCCCUAAAGAGCUAGACAAAAGUAUUCAAGGAGGCGAACUUUUCUUCACUGUCGUACUCAACCCUAUCAGUAUUUUCAUGACCCAUUUGUCCAACUAUGGGAAUGACCGGCUGGGAUUAUACACAUUUGUCAAUCUGGCUAACUUUGUACAGACCUGGACCAACCUGCGUCUUCAGACUCUGCCUCCAGUGCAACUAGCUCACAAGUACUUUGAGCUGUUUCCUGACCAGAAAGACCCUGUCUGGCAGAAUCCAUGUGAUGACAAACGCCACAGAGACAUUUGGUCUAAAGAAAAAACCUGUGAUCGCUUACCAAAAUUCUUGGUAAUAGGACCCCAGAAAACUGGUACCACUGCUUUGUAUUUGUUCCUGGUUAUGCAUCCUUCCAUCCUUAGUAACUCCCCCAGCCCAAAAACCUUUGAGGAGGUACAGUUCUUUAAUAGAAAUAACUACCACAGGGGGAUUGAUUGGUAUAUGGAUUUUUUUCCAGUUCCAUCUAACGUCACCACUGACUUUCUGUUUGAGAAGAGUGCAAAUUACUUCCACUCAGAGGAUGCUCCUAAAAGAGCUGCUUCCCUCGUCCCCAAAGCCAAGAUCAUCACCAUCCUCAUUGACCCAUCAGACCGAGCAUAUUCCUGGUAUCAGCAUCAGCGAUUUCAUGAAGACCCUGCAGCUUUGAAGUUCAGUUUCUAUGAAGUCAUCUCCGCUGGGCCCCAUGCGCCCUCAGAACUCAGAACCUUGCAGAAGAGAUGUUUGGUUCCUGGAUGGUAUGCCAGUCACAUAGAGAGAUGGCUUGUUUAUUUCCCUCCCUUUCAGUUGCUGAUUAUUGAUGGGCAGCAGCUAAGAACUGAUCCAGCCACAGUCAUGGACGAUGUCCAGAAGUUUCUCGGAGUAUCCCCUCACUACAAUUACUCAGAAGCAUUAACAUUUGAUUCUCAUAAAGGCUUCUGGUGUCAGUUAUUAGAAGAAGGUAAAACAAAAUGCCUUGGAAAGAGUAAAGGAAGAAAAUACCCUCCGAUGGAUUCUGAUAGCAGAGCAUUUCUGUCAAGCUACUACAGAGAUCACAACGUGGAACUCUCAAAGCUGCUGCACAAACUGGGGCAGCCUCUGCCAUCCUGGCUGAGACAGGAGCUUCAGAAAGUGAGAUAGCGCUGAGAAAAGACUCAUUAAAAAUUUAUCUUCCAUGUAAUAACAUACACCUUUUCCAAAGCUUCCAGAGCUACCAAAAGGCUGGCAAAAAAUAUACCUCUCCAAGAACGAAAAAGAACAGUUUCUUCCAUGUGCUGGCAUGUGGAUGACUAG